AUGGUUUCCCUCACAAGGGACAGACCCGACAAAUGGUUUUGGGAACCUGAAAUUGAAGGGAUAUACACAGUGAAGUCAGCCUACAAGCUCCUUCAAGGGAUAGAUGAAGAGGAAACAAUUUCGGCUUUCAGUAUACUGUGGCAAAGUGCAGCACCUUCAAAUGUUAAAGCUUUUGGUUGGAGAACCCUUUGGGGAAGGAUACAAACAAAAGAGAAUUUGAAGAGAAGAAGAAUCAUUCAAACGGAAGAAGAGCUGACUUGUUCGUUAUGUCUUAAUGUUGAAGAAACUAUGGAACACUUGCGUUAUAACAGAUGGUUUAGGAUUAGAGCAGCAGUUCCAGAUAAUUGUAGGAUGCACUUCCUACAGCAUGGUUUGCAGCUCCGAAAUAAAGGACAGAGGGCAGUGAUAGAAUAUUAUGUCAUUAUCAUUUUCCUGUAA